AUGGCGUGGCGUAAUCAAGGAAUCACGGGCUCCAACAACAUCCCGCUGGGCCGGCGACGCUUUGCGGGCGAUGUUCCUGCGGAAGAGGAUAGUCGCACUGCGACUCCUUCCUCUAUGGGAGCAGACGGCCCCAAGCGUGGCCGAAGCCCUGUUCGUGGUAAGUCUGAUCCGACACCAUGGAAAAUUACCAUGUCUGACCAUGCGCUCUCUACAGCGGACCCUCCCGCCGACGGUAUCAAAAGGCGCAAGAAGCGCAACCGCUGGGGCGAUCAGCAAGAGAACAAGGCCGCUGGUCUGAUGGGCUUGCCCACCAUGAUCAUGGCCAACUUCACGAGCGAGCAGCUUGAGGCGUAUACCCUGCACCUGCGCAUCGAGGAGAUCAGCCAGAAGCUGCGGAUCAACGACGUGGUCCCGGCCGACGGUGACAGGUAUGUGGUGAUCCCUCCCUCGUUUUUGCCUUUACUUACUGAUUCUUCCAACAGGUCUCCUUCGCCACCGCCGCAAUACGAUAACUUUGGUAGACGUGUGAACACGCGCGAAUACCGCUAUCGCAAGCGACUUGAGGAUGAGCGUCACAAGCUGGUCGAGAAGGCCAUGAAGACCAUCCCUAACUACCAUCCGCCUUCUGACUACAGACGUCCCACCAAGACCCAGGAGAAGGUCUAUGUCCCAGUGAAUGACUAUCCAGAGAUUAACUUCAGACCUCGUGGAAACACUCUGAAGAAAAUGGAGACCGAGUCCGGUGCCAAGAUUGCCAUCCGUGGCAAAGGCUCCGUCAAGGAGGGCAAAGGCCGCUCUGAUGCCGCUCACGCUAGCAAUCAGGAAGAAGAUCUUCACUGUUUGAUCAUCGCUGACACAGAAGACAAGCUGGUGAAGGCACGCCAGUUGAUUCACAACGUUAUCGAAACAGCUGCAUCUAUCCCUGAAGGCCAAAAUGAGCUCAAGCGCAACCAGCUGCGUGAACUGGCCGCUCUCAACGGUACUCUUCGUGACGAUGAGAACCAGGCUUGCCAGAACUGUGGUCAAAUCGGACACCGGAAGUACGACUGCCCCGAACAGCGCAACUUCACUGCAAACAUCAUCUGUCGUGUCUGCGGCAACGCUGGACACAUGGCCCGCGACUGUCCCGACCGCCAGAGAGGCAGCGACUGGCGCAACAACGGUGGCUAUGGUGGCCGCGACUCUCGUCCUGCCAUUGGCACUGGCGAUGCUGUCGACCGCGAGAUGGAGCAACUCAUGAACGAAUUGUCUGGAGGUGCUCCUGGCGAGUACCCACCCCGUCGCAUUGAAGCUGGUCCGGGCCAGGGCUAUCCUGACGACCGUGGCGCGAAGCCCUGGGAGCAGCGCGGCCCGCCACCGAGCGACGUUGCUCCCUGGCAACAGCGAGGUCGGGAUCGCGGACGCGACGACUAUGGGUCCCGCGACCAAGGCGGUGCUGCUCCAUGGGCUUCACAGGGCCGCGGUGGCGAUUAUGGAUAUGGUUCUCAAGGAUAUGCCGCUCCCGGUACUGCCCCUGGCGCUGCCCCUUGGCAGCAACAGGCUCCUCCCCCGCCUCCCGGUGGGCCGGCUGGCUAUGGUUACGGCGGAUAUUCGUCUUACGCACCUCCCGGCACGGGCGCUCCUGGUGCUGCUCCUCCUGGUAUGGGUGCUCCGCCGCCACCUCCCGGUAUGGCUCAGAUGUACUACGGUGGUGCUGGCGACCCGCCGCCACCCCCUCCGCCCGGUGAUGGACCUCCGCCUCCUCCGCCGAGCGACCAGCCUCCUCCACCUCCGCCCCCUGCGUGA